AUGACAGCGUCCAACAUGGGUAGCGUUUCCGAAAGGAAUUUCAACGCAAAGGAAGAGAGAAAGCUGCGGAAGCCCUUGAUAGAGAAGAGGCGUCGGGAACGAAUCAACUGCAGCCUGGAGCAGCUGAAGGGUAUCAUGGUAGAUGCCUACAACCUUGACCAAUCCAAGCUGGAGAAGGCAGACGUCCUGGAGAUCACAGUGCAGCACAUGGAGAGCCUGCAGAGGAGUAAUGGGGCAGGAGUUCCAGGGGGUACUCUGGGGCUGGAAUCCCGUCAGCGCUACAGCAGCGGCUACAUCCAGUGCAUGCACGAGGUGCACAACCUCCUGCUCAGCUGCCCGGGCAUGGAUAAGACCCUGGGCGCCCGGCUGCUAAAUCACUUGCUCAAGUCCCUGCCCCACGUGAGCGGAAAGCCUGGCGGUGCCUUGAGCAGUGGUGCUGCUACAAACAGCAGCAAGGACGGCUGCGGCCCCCUCCCGACCGCUCCACCUCACUCCCCCCUCUCGCUGCCCCUAGCGGCGUUCCAGCCCCAUCCCCUUCACCUCCACGCUUCUGCCUCUCCGCCCCCUCCCCCAUCUCCCACCAGCCCCCAGCUCUCCCCCCGGUUCCGCGAGGCUGCAGAGGCCAGCGGGGGAAGCCGGGAGCCUGUGUCACCCUCCCCCCCGGGCUCCCCCUCCCCCGUCCCCCACGCUGGCCUUCUUCACCCUGCCCUGCCCCCAUUCUUCCCUGGAGGAGAUCCUUCCAUGUGGAGGCCUUGGUGA